UACCGCAGUCCAUCAGGCGGAACGGGCUCGACGAAAUUCAGCCUUAUCACGACUUCACUCACACAACCACGACCCCACGAACCACCGAACCCCCCGAACCCACCCUCGCUCUCCGCCGCCGCGAUCUUUGCGGAGCCCUCACGAAGGACCGCCCUCCGUCCCGAACACACCAGCUCCACCGCAUCCUCCCCGCCCGUAAUCCGCCACGAUGGGCAACACUACCAGCGCAGUCCUGGACAACAUUGUCCAGGGGUCCAACUUCGACCGAGAGGAAGUCGACCGCUUGCGAAAGCGGUUCAUGAAGCUGGACAAGGACAACUCCGGCGCGAUUGAGCGUGAUGAGUUCCUCAGUCUCCCCCAGAUCUCCUCCAACCCCCUCGCCACACGAAUGAUUGCCAUCUUCGAUGAGGACGGCGGUGGUGACGUCGACUUCCAGGAGUUCGUGACGGGCCUGAGCGCCUUCAGCAGCAAAGGCAACAAGGAGCAGAAGCUCCAGUUCGCCUUCAAGGUCUACGACAUCGACCGCGACGGCUACAUCAGCAACGGCGAGCUCUUCAUCGUCCUCAAGAUGAUGGUCGGCAGCAACCUGAAGGACCAGCAGCUCCAGCAGAUCGUCGACAAGACCAUCAUGGAGGCCGACCUCGAUAAGGAUGGCAAGAUCAGCUUCGAGGAGUUUACCAAGAUGGUCGAGAACACCGAUGUCAGCAUGAGCAUGACGCUUGACCAGUUCUAAUCAUAGACAAAAAUGCUUCACGGGAUGGGGAGUCGAGGAUAGGAAUGGCGGCAUGCGAGGCCACGCAUUGUUGACAAGAAGGACAGACUGGUGUGCGGAACACCUAGCGAAUUUUAGCAGCAUCAUGAUCAUGAAUUCACGCAUUCGGCAUACGACAUUUUGCCUUCGCAACAUCGUCCCCGGUCUGGUUAUGGUUCUAAACUCCGGGUGAUACAUUAGAUGAGGACCUGGAUGUGGUCAAUGGGUGUGGAUGAUGGCGUGGACGUGGGCAUGGGCGUCGAAUAUUGACCAUCAAGGCU